AUGUCAACGACACAAUCCCCGUUAGAAAAAUUCAUAAUUGGCAAAGUUUCGAUUCACAAUCCCGAAUUCGAUGAAAUGCAUGACUCUUUCAUGGCAUUGGGUAUCAUCAUGUCCAUCGUAAUUGUUCUCGGGAAUGGAUUAGUGUUGCUCUUAUUCUAUCAGGAACGAAAAUCGCUCAAAAUCUCCCAUAAGUACAUCAUUUCGAUGGCAUUUUGUGACUUAUUCAUGGGUUUGUUAAGUGUUCCCACGCAACUUUAUAUGAUGGACAACAAAGUGCCGGCUAGUUCGAAGGAUUGUCCCUGGAUAAUGGGCGUCAUUACGGCGUUAGUGCAAACUUCGUUGACAGUUCUUGUGGCUUCCAGCAUCGAUCGUUACUGGGCUGUGAAGUUUCCGCAUCAUUAUCGGAUCAAGGCGCAGAAUUGGAUUGCGAAUUGCAUAAUUAUCGUUUCGUGGAUAGUUCCAUGCUCCUACGGCGUAAUUCACUACUUUACAGCGCGAGAAGCCACAAACAAAGAUUUCUUAUGUUUCAUGGGACAAGAAACUUACGAUCCAAUCAUGCUAAGAUUCCUCCUUUACGUCAUCAUGCCAAUCAACUUAGUCAUCAUCCUUGUACUUUACUUCCUCAUUCAUCGUGAGGUCAUGAAACUCUUUAAGCAAGACGAUGGCGAAAGUCGCUGCACUCGCAUUUGGAAGAUUAUGUUCCAAAAACAGGAUGUUCAGAAAAAAGUUGGCGCCAUGCUAAUUCGGGAAGUACGAACUACCUUCUUACUUCUCUUAACAGUUUUUCUUGCCUUCAUCACUUUCAUUCCCGGAACUGCCAUCGGAUACGUCAUGACUUUCCGCCCGGAUCUGAUCGAGGUGAAACCAUUGCUUAUCUGCUACUUGCUACUGUCCGUGAACUCGGUCUUCAAUCCCUUUAUCUACGCCUUCAACAUCCGGAAUGUCCGGGAAGCGGCAACCCGAUUAGGGAAACGAAUUGUCUUCUGCAACCAAGUGCCCGACGAAAACGAAAUUUACUCCACAUCUGGCACGGGAGUCGACUCGAGUCAAGGCAAGGCAUGA